AUGCACUACCCAUUUAUCCACGGAGCUGAACUGGCUCUUAGAAAACGACAAGAAGCAGAAGGUUUAGUCCCGGAAUUUCGAGGUGAAACUUAUGACACUGGUGACAUUUCCUACCUUGCCGUAUCAACAUGUAUGGUUCUCAUCAUGGUCCCCGGUCUCGGGUUCCUCUAUUCGGGUCUUGCCCGUAGAAAAUCUGCCCUUUCUCUUAUCUGGGCAUGCUACAUGACAGCCGUCGUUUCUCUCUUCACCUGGUACUUUUGGGGCUACUCGCUCGCCUUUUCUAAAACUGCAACAAACGGAUACAUUGGUAACCUCCAUUCCUUUGGCAUGAAAAACGUUCUCUGGGGUGAUGACGGUGCCACUUACCCUGAACUCCUCUUUGCCGCUUACCAAGGCAUGUUUGCUGCCGUCACUGGCGCCAUUGUUGCUGGUGGUAUCGCUGAACGUGGCCGUCUUUUCCCCGUUUGUGUCUUCACUGCUGUUUGGAUCACUAUUGUCUACUGCCCCAUUGCCUGCUGGGCUUGGUCUGCAAAUGGUUGGGCCGCAAAGUGGGGGGUUCUCGACUAUGCUGGCGGCGGGCCCGUCGAAAUUGGCUCUGGUGUUGGUGGCUUUGCUUAUGCCAUUGUUCUUGGCCGUAGAAAGGAACAACUCCUUCUUAACUUCCGCCCCCAUAAUGUCUCUCUCGUCACUCUUGGAACUGCUCUCCUGUGGUUUGGCUGGCUCGGUUUCAAUGGUGGCUCGGCCCUCGGCGCUAACCUCCGUGCCGUCUAUGCUAUUAUGAACUCAAAUAUUACUGCAUGCUUUGGUGCCAUGUCUUGGUGUUUGCUCGAUUACCGUCUUGAACGUAAGUGGUCUACCGUUGCUGUCUGCUCAGGUAUUAUCUCCGGUCUUGUCGCGGCUACCCCGUGCUCCGGUGUGAUCCCCCUCUGGGCCUCGGUUAUUCUCGGUGUUAGUGCUGGUGUUGUUUGCAACUUUGCCACAAAGAUCAAGUACCUCUGCCGUGUUGACGAUUCCUUUGAUACCUUUGCCGAACACGGUGUCGCCGGCAUCAUUGGCCUCAUCUAUAAUGCUCUUUUUGGUGCCGAUUGGGUCAUUGGCCUCGACAAUGCCACUGAGCACCGUGGUGGUUGGCUGUCGCACAACUACCGCCAAAUUUACAAGCAGAUUUGCUACAUGUUGGCUUCUGUCGGUUAUACUCUCUUCAUGACAGUUCUUAUUGGCUUUAUUGUUAACUACAUUCCAGGAUGCAAGCUGCGUGCUUCUGAAGACGCUGAGCUUCGUGGUAUGGAUGAUGACCAAAUUGGUGAGUUUGCCUAUGAUUAUGUCGAGGUCCGCAGAGAUUAUCUUUCUUGGGCUCCACCAGCUCAAACUCUUCAGGGUGCUUCUCCCCAAGGCGGCAGUGAGGCCGAGGGUGAGAUUUCCAAUAAGGUGGAUUAA